CCUUAUCUUCCCCGUGCUCUCUCGCCGAGUUCCGACUUUGAUUUUACUCUCUCUCUCUCUCUCUAAAACGUUCGAUUGAAGUGUUGUGUGUUCGAUCUGGGUCUCAGACACAGCUUUGGGGUUUGAGGAAGGUGUAAAAACUUUGAGAACUUUGUGUUCUGUUGCUCUGCAAUUAGACUGUCAGCCGGAGCCUGGAACAGUGAAAGAGUCGAGGAGGUCUUUUUUAUCUUUUGGAGAGUAUUAGAACAGCAUGCGGUGGUGGCUGAGUCUCUCUGUUGACGUCUUCCGCAAAGUCAUCUCACUCAAUCUUUAUUGUAGAGUAAUUCUGUAAUCCAUUCCGUCUACUCAGAACCCCUCAAGUUUUCUACGCCUCUCUUUAUAUCUCUCUCUAGUUUCCAUGGGAUCCAACUUUCUCGUCGUCGUUCCUUGUUAUGUCCGCCAGAUUAGCUGAAUAUUUCUGGACCUUUUUCCCAUAGUUUCAUUUGGAUCGUUUUCAUUGCGACAUAAUUCUAUUAGUUGCUCUAUUGGAUUUUUUAAAUUCUUCUCCCUGGUUAAUUGUAUUGGAUUUCUGUUUCUCGGUGAUAGAGAUUCACCUUUCUGUUGAAUUCAUCUUUCUCUGGCUUCAGUUUUUUCUUCGGAGUUUUGAACUCUUUGUCCUCUAGAAAAGUUCCAUCCCUCAUAUCAAAUUGUUAGAAAGUAGUUAUGGUGUGCCAAGCAGCGAGUCAAACAAGAUUUCGGGCCAUGAAACACGAAAAUGGGAUUGCAGGGAGCGCGACGAUAAUUGUUAAAGUCAUUGCUUGCUUUCAACCUCUCCAGGACUGCCAGGCCGAAUAUUUCCGUCAUUUGCUCAAACCUGUGACGUAGAUUUGUUUUGAGUUUGUGUUCAGACUUUAAGCUGGAGUUUUUAGUUAGUUUCCUUGUUCCUAAUAGAAAGAGAAAAUAAUCAGCUAUUUCUAAUUCUUGAAAGCAUCAUUCUGGUGAUUGUUUUGGUUGGAUGGGAGGAGACUGUGGAACCUGGCUUCCUCAGCUGCAUUUUAAUUGGCAAUCACCCAAUUUGAAUUCCUCGGGUGCUCCCCUUGAAAUAGGGCAGCGAAACCCCUUGCCUGCAUUUAUAAACUCUGGCACUAAUAUGGCUCCACUGAAUGGGGCGGUGCCGGAUUACCCAUCUUCUAAACUACCUCAUUCUUGGAUAGGUCAAGCUAAUGAACCUUGCGGUUGGUUUCAUUAUGGACCUCAUUUGCACCAACCCUUCACCCCUGCCCUUAACAACUCGAUUGCUGAAGGCAGACUGCCUGCUAACACCUAUGAAAGCUGCAGGCAGGCCUUCACACCCAAUGCAGGGUCUGAAUGUGCCCAGAAGAGGCUUCUUGUUAUUGAUCAAUCGAGGGACCAAACCACUUUGAUCUUUACUUCUGGGAUUGGGACUCCUGUCCAGUGUCUUACUUCUUGGAGUCCAAAACCUAGCGCUGUUUGUAACUUGAACGGGAAUGAUCUUGGAAUUAAGGGAGAUUCGAACAAUUUCUCAGGACCAUUAUUAACUGAUGAAUUUAAUGAAAAUCCCCUAAUUGAUGGACAAAGCGAAAUGCAUGAAGAUACUGAAGAGCUCAAUGCCUUGCUCUACUCGGAUGAUGAUAGCGAUUAUACCGAAGAUGGCGAAGUUACAAGCACAGGUCAUUCACCUUGUUCAAUGACAGCUCGGGAUGAGAAAGAUUGGUUGGAAGGAAGUACUGAAGAAGUUGCUAGUUCUGCUGGGCCAACUAAGAAGCGGAAACUCAUUGAUGGAGUUUAUGGUGGUGUACCAUCACUGAUGGACACGGCAAGUUCUAAGAAUGCCAACAAAUCCUCUGAAUGUGAAGAUGAUGCAGAAUCUAGUUGUGCCAAUGACAACAAUGUGGUGUCAAGAGAAAUGGGUUCGUUAUCAGGCAACAAAAGGAUGAAGAGGGAGAGGAUUCGUGAGACUCUGAACAUUUUACAAAGCAUAAUUCCUGGUGUCAGCAGCAAGGAUGCACUUGUGGUCCUCGAUGAAUCUAUACAUUACUUGAAGGCUUUGAAGCUCAAAGCCAAGGCUUUAGGACUUAAUGCUAUCUAAGUUGCAGGGUGCUUUCGACACAAUAUCUUUAGCAGUGCGUGGUAUCAUCAGUUGCCGUAUAUUAGAAGAGUACAAAAUAUCAUAUUGGGGUGUGAAUUUGCAUACAGGAGUUCUUAGCAGUGGAGGCAAAAGCUCUGGAGACAGUAGAGAGAAAAGCUUGAACACAUCAAAGUCUUUCUGCAGUGAUCGAGUUGGAAAUUAGCAGCUUUGGCUUUGGAGAAUGUAUGUGUAAUUUCUUUCUAGAGAGAGGAUGAAGAAGUGCGGUAUAUUAUGUCAUAAUAAAGGGUGGUGAAUCAUUAGUCUUGUCUUAGGGUUUAGAGAAAGUGAAACCCAUCCUUGGGCGUGGAUUGUGGAUGAGAUGACUGGUUGUUCCAGACGGGGCCCAGAUAGAGGAGCGUGCACACCCCCCCGGUGUCUUGGGACCCAACUCACACUUUCACUUUCUCUCACUCUUUUUGUAUUCUUGUAAUGUUUAAUUGUUGGUGGCGUUAUCUUUUUCUUGACGUAGAAAUCUGCACCAGCAAAGAGGCCGUAUCCAUUUCAUCAUGCAGCAACUUGCUUGGGGGCCCUAGAUUCACCAUUUCCACUAAUCCUUGAACCCAAAAAAAAAAGUUGUUAUCUUUUUCCUUUUUUUUUUUUUUUUCCCUUAAAUGUACAACUCUCUGUGGGAUUUGAUAUUUUCCCUUCUUUUAUGGCACUGUAAGUUUGUUUGUGGAAAACUGAUAAUGUUUUGCUUGGUGCUGUCUAUCAUGGGUUUAGUGGUAACGUACUCUGCUCUUCUUGUUGUUUGUUGUGGUGGCUUGGUCGGUAGGGAGAUAAUGAUGAUAUCUUGGUUUUGUGUAA